AUGGUUACACCCAUACUGUACACCUCGCAUUUAUCCGCAUGGUUUCACCAUAGUGUACUUUUCGCAUUUAUUCACAUAGUUACACCCAUACUGUACAUAUCGCAUUUAUCUGCAUGGUUUCAUCAUAGUGUACUUUUCGCAUUUAGUUACAUGGUUACACCCAUACACCCAUACUGUACACCUCGCAUUUAUCCGCAUGGUUUCACCAUAGUGUACUUUUCGCAUUUAUUCACAUGGUUACACCCAUACUGUACACCUCGCAUUUAUCUGCAUGGUUUCACUAUAGUGUACUUUUCGCAUUUAUGUACAUGGUUACACCCAUACUGUACACCUCGCAUUUAUCCGCAUGGUUUCACCAUAGUGUACUUUUCGCAUUUAUUCUCAUGGUUACACCCAUACUGUACAUAUCGCAUUUAUCUACAUCGUUUCACCAUAGUGUACAUCUCGCUUUUAUCUACACGGUUUCACCAUACUGUACAUCUCGCAUUUAUCUACACGGUUUCAACAUACUGA